ACUCGCCCAGUAUUCGAGUCAGUUCAUUCGUGCCUACCGAACUGUGUGUAGUUCUUAUACAUAUUAGACACACGUCAAUUGAAUCAGAUUAGCUUUUUUUUCUCAGGAAUAUUUACAAAGCGCGUUCAUAUAUCGUCCGCGUGUUUGUUUAUUCGCAGCCGGCAAAGUCCAUAUGACCGUCUAAGAAGGUACAUUUGGAGUUGUCGAAGUGAACGCGAAGCUAUUUCGAUUUAGUGACCGUCCGUUGAGGAAGUCUUCAAAAAAAAAAAAAUAUAAGCAAUGGCAAUUACUGAUGUAAGAACCAUGGAAAAUUUUAGUUCUGGUGAAAGCAAUAAAAGCACUAGCCCUACAUUGUCCGAAGUACAAACAUUUUACAAUGGGUCGACGGUCUUUUUAACGGGUGCGACUGGAUUUGUGGGAAAUUUGAUAUUGGAAAAACUAAUAAGAACAUGUUCGGGCAUAAAAGCAAUAUAUAUUUUAAUCCGGGAGAAAAAAGGCAAGUCAACAGAACAACGUUUCAAAGAUCUAUUCAACGACCCAGUGUUUGAUCUUAUGAAGAAAGAACAGCCCGAUUACUUAGAAAAAGUGUCGGCAGUCAUAGGCGAUUGCGAAAAACCGAAUUUAGGUAUCAACGAACAGUAUACAGAAAUCCUAAAAAACGAAGUAAACAUAGUGAUACAUUCGGCGGCAACCGUCCGGUUUGACGAGCAUUUGAGGAAAGCAGUGAAAAUCAACAUAAUAGCUCUACAGGACAUUCUUAAGAUUUCUAGGGAAAUAAAAAACUUGAAGGCUGUCGUUCACAUUUCAACCGCUUAUUCCAACUGUGCCGGCCGGAAAUCUGUCGAUGAAGUCUUCUACGACUUACCGAUUUCUGGAGAUAACCUUAUACAAGUUGUCAACAAUCUCAAUGACGAAUUCAUUAACAAUGUCACGCCUUCACUUCUAAAUAAAUGGCCUAAUACGUACGCGAUGACCAAAGCUAUUGCCGAAGGAGAAAUUUUGCAUCAUGGUAGAGGUCUACCAGUCGGUGUCGUUAGACCUUCUAUGAUCUUAGCCACUGCUAACGAACCGGUACGUGGGUGGAUUAACAACGUGUACGGACCGACAGGGGUCGUUGCCGCAGUCGGUGCUGGUCUUAUGAGAACUAUGUGUGCUGAUCCGAAUAAAAACGCCGACUGCAUACCUGGAGACUUUGUUAGCAAUUCUGUAAUCGUUAGUGCUUGGGAUGUGCACAACCGAUGGAAAUCGUACACUGAAGCAAACUCUUUAGAAGCUGAAAGCGCGUACGUUAAACCGUUCUCACCACCAAUUUAUCAUUGUGUGUCGACGACCACGAAUCCUUUUACUUGGGGAGAAUUUUCAUACUACAACAAAGAGUAUGGCAAAAGUAUACCUUCCGUCAAGGCUAUCUGGCCAGUUAUGCUGUUUUUGACGGCUUCCAAGUUCCAGUACAACCUACUAUGUUUCUUGAUCCACAUAAUUCCGGCUUUUAUCGUUGACACUUUAGCAAGACUUACGGGUUAUAAGCCCAGAUUGAUGGACGCAUAUGGAAAACUUCACAAGUUCGUCGGCGUUAUUGAAUACUUUAGUCUACGGUCGUGGACGUUUUACGAUUCCAACACAAAAGGACUGAUCAAAGCGAUGUCCGACCAAGACAAGAUAUUGUUUAAUUUUGACAUCUCCAAACUCGACUGGAAAGAAUACUUCAAAAACCAUGUGAGAGGCAUUAGAUUAUAUAUACUAAAAGACCCUUUGGAUACCAUACCGGAAGGAGAGAAACACUAUAGAAAGUUAUACACGGUAUACUAUACUCUAGUAGCUUUGUUAUGCGCUCUAUUAUUGCUACUAGUAUACGGGUUGUUGAAUUUGUUUCUAUGACGAACCUUAUAAAAAUCCUGAUGCUCUCAACGUGAUAUAAGUGAUUAUAUUCUUUAUGUGUAGUUUUAUAUAUAUAUAUAUAUUUAAAAUACAAAUAUUAACUUAUUUAUUAGAUUGUAAGUGAUUACACAUAUAAUUUUACAUGACAAAACUAAUAACUUACACCAAUACAACUUUUAGAGCGAGAAGUAUGAUAAUUGUAUAGAUAUUUUCG